AUGAUAUUCUCAGUACCCAAGAUUACACCAUAUAUGCAUAGAAUAAUGCUUGUGCGAACGAAAAACAUAAACAUGUUUGCAAGGUUCAACAGCGCCAAGAGCACAAGCAAAACAAACGACUUUGGUCCUCGGAAUGCUCCCAAAGCCAGCGUUAGGUGGUUCUAUGCCUCGGAUGUGCCAAUAUCGAAACCCGAAUGGUUCAACUACACCAAAACAAAGAAUCCGGAAUCAUUUAUUCCAUUUUCGGAAUAUGAUUCUAAUCGAUUAGAGCGUGCAUUCAGAAAUAGAUCUGAUAAACCAGUGGAGGUAAAUGAAGAUAAGCUAUUUGAAGUAAAUAUUGAUAAGUUUGAGUUAAGUCCGGUGUACUGGGAAGGCCCAGUUUAUGAAGUACGCCGAGGGCUUUGGUUCAGUACCGAUGGAACUCCGUUGCCCAAUGAAGUUGGCAAAAAGCUUGAACAGCGGUAUAACGUAGUCAAACCGUAUUUGUUUGAAGGCAAUGUCAGCGAGAAGAAACUGAAGGGUAAUAAGGAGAAGAUUUCAAAAUUCAACAAGUUGCAAGCAGAGAAGCAGCAACAAGAACACAAGAUUGAUUUGACUGGACAAAAGGAUGUUUAUAAUCUUGGCGAUGGACAGCUUGUGUUGUACUUCAAUGAUAACAAAGCGGUAAUGUUUCCUGACAGUUACGAUUCCGAUUUCCAGAUUGACGCUAUACGUUACUUUGGUCCCAAUCCAGUUUCAUUACUAGGGGUUAAACACAUUCAACGUGGCUAUACUGAAGAGUUAAAAGAAAGCUUGUUUGACAAGUUGCCCGACAAUCCCUUACCAAGUAUUGCUGAUUCUUUUCAGCACGAAUUUGGAAACGUUUUGGGUAAAUUGAAUUCUGAAAGCGAUGGGGCCAACAAAGAAGAUGUGAAUGAAGAUGAUACUAUUGACAAUGACGUUGAUGACAAGCAUAUGCAACAGUAUCUUGAAGCCGAUUAUGACUUGGACACUUCAGAGAGAAAAUCCAAUCGAGAAAUCGACCAUUUAAUCUUUUGUAUUCACGGAAUCGGUCAAGUAUUGGGCAGCAAGUACGAGUCAGUCAAUUUCACUCACAACAUCAAUGUGCUACGCAAUACAAUGAGAAAAGUAUAUGAGGAGAAUGAUGAUUAUCAAAAACUUGCUUACCCUAAGGGGCAAGCAGAUACCAACAAUAAUCGUAUUCAGGUCCUUCCCAUUUCUUGGAGACAUCGUGUUGAUUUUUCACCUCAAAGAACACAGCAAGAAAAUAAAGAUUCACGAUUACCAACUCUUUCACAGUUGAAUGUUGAAGGUAUUAAAGCGUUGAGAAAUAUAGUGGGUGAUGUUGUGCUCGAUGUCUUGUUAUACUAUGAACCAAAGUAUCUAAAACAAAUAUUUACAUCGGUUACUUCCGAAUUGAACCGCGUUUACAAAUUAUACAUGGAGCGGAACCCUAACUUUAAAGGGAAAAUCCAUAUCUUGGGUCACUCGUUGGGUUCGGCCAUUGCAUUCGAUAUACUUUCAGGACAAAGCGGUACAAUCGAAGGUUCAAUUGAUGUGACCCGGGAUCUUUGUUUUGAGGUUGAUAAUUUGUUUCUUGUUGGAUCCCCAGUAGGGAUGUUUAAACUUCUCGAAGGUAAAAACAUUGAGGCUAGGUCAACGAAAGAUUAUGAACCCUCAAAGGACGCACCUGCUGUGGCACCGAAAUGCAAAAACUUGUACAAUGUAUUUCACCCUUGCGAUCCAGUCGCAUAUAGAAUCGAGCCAUUAAUAUCACCGAAAUUUGGUGACUUUAAACCUGUUCCUGUCAAAUUUGCUGUUAAAGGUUUCAAUAGUCAAAUCACAGAAUUGGCAAGUUUUGGAGAUGAAAUUUCUGAAAAGAUUGCAUCUGCCGUCAAGUGGCUAAAUAUUACCAAGAAGGAGAAAAAUGCUGAUGCUAAAUCUAUAGAAGAAAAGGCAUCGCAAGAAAAUGCAUUAGGUGAUAUAAUAUCCAGUAUUGCAUUUACAGAAAAGGAAACUGAUGAUGGGAAUGGAGAUGGAGAUGGAGAUAAAAGUGCAAAACGAAAAUUGACACCCAAAGAGUUAUCUAUACUCACUUCAUUAAAUGAAACUGGAAGAAUCGAUUACAGUUUACCCAUGGGAGUACUUGAUUUCAGUCUUAUAUCUGCAGUCAGCGCCCACAUCUCAUAUUUUGAAGAUGAAAACACUGCUGGGUUCGUCAUGAAAGAGGUCUUGGCAAAACAGAGUCCCCCAAAGAGUGAAACGGUUACUCUAUAUUAA